GGGUACCCUUAGUGGGGUGCUUAACCUUAAGCUUGGAAACUCCCUAGCUUCAUGUGAAACAGCGAGUACAGUACAUCCAGUACAUCUUGGGUACGCUUCUGACAUCAAUCAGAAGAUCCAAUCAGCAAGAAACGAUGGGAUGAUCACUCCUUCUGACCAAGCUUUAUAUUACCUACCCAUCUGUCAACCAUAACAGUCAUUCUUCGUAAUUCAAUCUGAAUUGCGUGUUUGACUUGUUUACGAAAUCUACAAGGCUGUACCUGAGUUACUACAGAAAAUCACAUACAGCUUCUUCGAACUCUGAAACCUAUUAAGUAUGCCUUUUGGCUCUCGAUUUCGAAAACGACCGGCGACAUCGUCGACUUCUGCCGAUGCCCAUAAAGAAAGCCCCCGGCCUAGCAUCGACGAUGCGGCUACCCUGAAAAGGGGUACAAGGACACGACGCAAUGCUAUUAUAGUGUCAAGUUUCUGCUAUUUGGUUGCUGUGGUCUUUUUAAUUCUGGUCGAGGUAGGCAAUACCAAAAGUACUCGGGUCUUGGGUGAUAUCUACUUCUUCAAACUCGACCUUUCCGAUAUUCUUCCCCAGUCAGCGCCGACCAGCUUGACCCUACAAAACUCGAUCGCACGAACUCUAGGUCUGCACGAUUUCUAUCAGGUCGGCCUCUGGAAUUUCUGCGAAGGAUAUGAUACUGAUGGCAUUACGCACUGCUCAACCCCAACCAAUCUUUAUUGGUUCAACCCGGUCGAGAUUCUACUCGGUGAGCUCUUUGCUGGAGCUUCGAUCGCCUUGCCCUCCGACGUCAACGACAUCUUAAAUAUCUUGCGUAUUGCCUCGAAUAUUAUGUUCGGAUUUUUCAUAACUGGCCUGGUUUUGGAUUUCGUCCUGAUAUUUAUCACCCCUGUCGUUUUAUAUUCGAGGUGGUGGAGUCUUCCUUUCAGUUUCGUCGCCUUACUUGCUACGCUAUUAGUUCUGAUAGCUACAGCCCUCGGGACAGCUAUGUCUUUGAUCUUUAAGUACGCAUUGACAUCACAAACCGAUCUUAAUGUUAAUGCCGAUGUUGGUGUGAAGAUGUUCGCAUUUAUGUGGAUUGCAACAGGGUUCACACUACUUGCAUUCAUUAUCCAUGCCGGUUUGGGUUGUUGCUGUACAUCGCGUCGGGAUAUGCGUACUGGACGGAAGGGUGGAAGACAUAUCAACCAGACUUCCGAGGCUUCUGCCCCUUCCAACGCCCCUCCCAACGAAAAGAAGGGUCUUAAAUUGCCCAAAUUUGGCAGGAAGACAGCAACAUCAGCUUGAUAGAUAUGGAUCGGAAAUGCAGGUACUUAGGUAAUGCAGGAUAUACCAGACGACAACCACCAUACUGGAGAACCUUUUGGAUACAUUCUUAAAUAGUUCGUAAUUAUAGAUUAUAGAUAGGCGGGGAAAACAAAAUACACAAUAAUUACAACACUCUUUUGCUUUUAAACAAUGACCGUUGUUGAAUGUCCAGGUGGUUGUGGGAAAUUUGUAUAAAUU